AUGGCCAGCUUUUUGCUUCCGGGUCGGAGCCAUGGCGGUGGCAAAUUCAAGCCCUGUCAACCCCGUGGUGUUCUUCGAUGUCAGCAUAGGCGGCCAGGAGGUUGGCCGCAUGAAGAUCGAGCUCUUUGCAGACGUUGUGCCUAAGACGGCAGAAAAUUUUCGGCAGUUCUGCACUGGAGAAUUCAGAAAAGAUGGGGUUCCUAUUGGAUACAAAGGGAGCACCUUCCACAGGGUCAUAAAGGAUUUCAUGAUUCAGGGAGGAGAUUUUGUUAAUGGUGAUGGGACUGGAGUUGCCAGUAUUUACCGUGGACCAUUUGCAGAUGAAAAUUUUAAACUUAGACACUCCGCCCCAGGCCUGCUUUCUAUGGCAAACAGUGGGCCCAGUACAAACGGCUGCCAGUUCUUCAUUACCUGCUCGAAGUGUGAUUGGCUGGAUGGGAAGCAUGUAGUGUUUGGAAAAAUCAUUGAUGGACUUCUAGUGAUGCGAAAGAUCGAGAAUGUUCCCACGGGCCCUAAUAAUAAGCCCAAGCUGCCUGUGGUAAUCUCACAGUGUGGGGAGAUGUAGUCCCAGAGCAUGAGACAUGAGCGACAUAGUACAUCUCUCAGCUUUGAAGAACUAAGUCGAUCCUAAAGCAAGAAUCAGACCUAUUCUGCUUUUGGGAAAAGAGGAUGGGAAAUAUAUUGGAGAACAUGACCUCUUGCGAAAUGUCACCACCUUCCUGUUCCUCUGAGCUGCUUCCCUUUCUACACCACCGACCUCCACACCUCUGCCCUUCUAUGCCUUGUUCUGGAGAAAAAUAACCAGGAAUGGCCCAUUUGCUUCCUUGCCUACUGCUACCCUCUUUGGUCAAGAGACCUCGGAAGUAUCACAGAUUCAGGACCCAGGAUUUUUACGUUUUCAACUGUAAAUAAAGUUUUAUUUUGUUUUG